CAUCACCAUGCGACCGCAACAAUGGCGAAGGAACUGACAGGGGACGAGAAAGAAAUGCUGCGGAAGAAAAAUCAGCGAAAAAUGUUAAAACAGUUUUACCAGGGCUCAACAGAAGCUGCUGAUGCCGGAUUUAAUCCGUAUGACAUCAACGGAUCAGAUUUCAACCCCGACUUGUACCUUAACAAGCUGUUGAAAGAGUGUACGUUGACCGAUUUGAUGGAUAAAGAGCAAGAGAUUUACAAGCAGAUUCAAGCACUGGACGGAGAGAUGCAGACACUCGUGUACGAGAACUACAACAAAUUCAUUAGUGCGACCGACACCAUUCGCAAGAUGAAAAAUGAUUUUAGGAGGAUGGAAGAAGAAAUGGAUCACCUGUCAUCAAAUAUGGCCACGAUUUCAAAGUUCAGCACCAGUAUUGCGGGAACAUUGCAAGGAAGGAGAGAGCAAAUGAUCAAGCUCUCGAGCACCCAUUCUCUUCUGAAGAAGCUUCAGCUGCUGUUCGAACUUCCGCCACGACUGAAAGCCUGCAUUGAAAAUGAAUCCUACGAGGAGGCAGUAACGUACUAUACGAAAGCUCAGAAAGUGCUUAAGCAGUACAAACACAUGCCGUCAUUUUCUGGAAUACACGACGACUGUGCUGCUAUUGUAGAAGUGCUCAGGGAGCGUCUGCGAAAGAAGUUCCACCAGCCAGAGGUUACGAGCAGAGAAUUGUCGGGCGUUGUGGAACUUCUAUUUCAGCUGCGUGAGCCAACAAACAGUCUGUGCACAGACUACCUCCUGAAUGCACGGCGCCCACUGGACAGGGACAUGAACGAAUUGAAACGUCAGGUGCAGAUGCUGAUAGACCCUACUACUCAUGGAACAAUACAACGUAAUGGAAAAGAUGCAGUGCUUGAUCUUCCUAUGCAUAUACUGGAAUUCACAAAUAUGGCAUGCAACUGCAUCAUCACUGGGUUGUGCAACAUUAUUGAAUCCUACACUGACUUAUUCAUCAACCGGUUGCCUCUGGAAUACUAUGAAAAUGGCGAGACAGAUGCUGCUGUUGUGCAGAAGUUGAAGGCAUUCUUGGAUGAGAUCAUGCUGCAGUUGCUCGAUGUGAUGGAACAGAGAGUGGCUGUGGAGAGCCGGCGUGUCGACAACAGUGUGCUGGUGAAGGCUCUGGACCGGUUCUGCCAGAAACUACAGGCGUUGACGAAAAUGAUGCCUGCUGCUGAUUAUAGCCAGCAGGCAGAUCAUAUCGUGGAACAAGCAGCGCGAGACCAGUGUGCAUUUUCCCUGCACACACUGAGGCAGUUUUUUGCAGAGCGGCUGACAGAUGUGCGGCACAACCUGGCCCUUCCAAGAACUGUGGGACAUGACACUCUCAGUCUGGCUGACUUACAUACUGGCUUGCAUAACCUGAUUCUUGACCAAGUGCAGUCAUUGCUCAGGGGUCUGAGGGCUUUUGUUCAAGCUGAGGUUGACUUUUCAAAGCGGGCCAACUUUCAAGAUAUGUUUUGCAUGGAAGUGCACGAAGGCAUUGUUGUGGCUUUCAUACGUGCUAUCAACAGUAUGGCUUUGGAGUUCUGCGAGACUGCUGGGGAGAAGAGUGGUGGUACUCCUCCAAGCUUGCUGCUACUACUGUCUCGGUUCAGUGUUGAGAUGAAGAACACACUUGUGAGCCAGUUGCUUGGAAUGGCUGAUGAGCAGUUUGGAAUUCCUGAUGCCAAAAGUUUGACACCAGCAUCGCAGUUGAUACAAGAAACCAGUGAUGUGGCCCAGACCCUCAUCGACCAGUUUGUUCGUGUUCAAGGACUACUUAUUUCUCAGAUGCUGCGGAAGAGUGUGGAAGCAAGGGACUGGAUGAAUGCUCUUGAACCUCGUAAUGUGCGGGCUGUGAUGAAGCGUGUAGUGGAAGAUGUGACAGCUGUGGACGUACGUGUGGGCCAGCUGUAUGAGGAAGGUGCUCGCAAUGAGCGGAGCAGUGAUUCAAGCCGUCGCACCUACCCGUACAGUGCCUCAGGUCGUGCCCAUUGGACUGCCCGGUGGCCCUCAAGUGUUGAUCAUAGCUUAUUGAGCAACAUUCAGAAACUAUUUUCGGAAAAGAUAGACAUUUUCACCACAGUGGAAUUCUCCCGUGUAUCUGUCAUGACUGGCAUCAUCAAAAUUGGCCUCAAGACAUUUCUGGAGUGUGUGCGUUUGAAGACAUUUAGUCGAUAUGGGUUGCAACAAGUUCAAGUGGACACACACUACCUCCAGCUCUACCUGUGGCGGUUCGUCAGUGAUGAAAACCUGGUGCAUGUGUUGCUGGAUGAACUGAUGGGCAGUGCAAUUCAUCGUUGCUUUGACCCGAUGCUGAUGGAACCCAGUGUUGUUGAAGUUAUCUGUGAAAGAGGUUGAAUGUCUCUUCUAUUUUAGUGUCACUGGACAAAGAGUUUACUAGGCCUAACAAAUAAAAAAAAUUUUCACUUUG